UCCUUUCAGCAUUGUGCUGAGAGGAUCUAAGGGAUUGGGGGUGGGGGUAGGGGAGGCAAGGGAGGCAUCACUGUGGAUAUUGAAGAAAAGAGUUACUCAGCCCAGCCCGCUUCACUUGCUUACUCUGGAGUCAUUGCAGCUGGGUAUUAAGAAGCUGUCUGUGUGGCUCGGAGGGGUGGCUGUGCCUAAGGAAAGUCAGGAUCCCAGACAUCACUCUGAUUAAGCCCUUCUGAACUCUGUGCACUUCCGAUCACCCCCAUCGCUAUUAUGGAGCCCAACAGUCCCAAAAAGAUCCAGUUUGCUGUGCCCUUAUUUCAGAGUCAGAUAGCACCUGAGGCAGCCGAGCAGAUCAGGAAAAGAAGACCCACACCAGCAUCUCUUGUGAUUCUCAAUGAGCACAACUCACCAGAAAUUGAUGAGAAGAAGGUGACCAACUCACAAGGAGAAUCACAGAAUGCAUCUCCUAAGCAGAGGAAGCAGAGUGUGUAUACGCCUCCUGCUAUGAAAGGUACUGUGCAGGAGUUAAACAUCUGAAAAACCAGAAUGACUCAGCAUUCCCAGAAGAAGAAGAAGGAGUUAAUGAAAGAGAAGAACAGUGGGACCACUAGUCAUGGAAACAAGGCAAGAAAGGUUGUUGUGAAUAACUGAACUGCUAACCUUUCCGAAUAUCCCCUGGAACUCCACUGCUCAGCUUCUGGAAGUAUUCUCCAUCUUGGCACUCCAUAAUCACCCAGUAGUGUACCGUCAGGGAAGCACUCCACUGGAUUUUAGAACCACGUGCAUCUUCUUCCAUAGCACUUAUCACCCAGGAAUAAACAUUUAUUUUACAAUGAGCUUUCUUUCUAAUGAUUUAGAAAUGCCAUUUGCAAACAUGUACGUAAUAUAACUUUAAUAUUGCCAGUGCUUAAUUCCCAAUGUCUUUCUGUUAUGAUUUGCAUUAAAGGUCACCUGUAAAUAGUAUCCUUCUAAAGCUACAAAAUAAAUACAAAAUACCUUUAGA